AUGUUAACAAACAUGCCUAGAUUACUCGAAACGUUUAUAUUAGAGCUAAAUUCUGAUGUAAAUACAGCUAGUUACUGUAAAGCACCAAAUGAAUCAGUAUGUGCAAAAUGUGAAGAAGGUCACAGAACGGACGAUUGUGACAAAGCAGCAGCUCAACCUGUCUACCACAACUGUAAAGAACCAUAUUUAACAAUGUCGGAUCGAUGCCCAAAAUAUAAACAGAAUGAAGGUAAAAUAAAAAAACCAUCCGAUGAAUAUUCUCCACAACAUCAAGCUAAACAAACACCAUUACUAUGGCUAAAUGAUCAAGAUGCUUUUCCACCAUUGACAGUAAAUAAACAACAACAGCAUUACAAUCAAAGUGAACCGUACACGAUCGAGAAGGUUUUUGAGCGUCUGCUUGAUGUCAUUGAUAAAGGAUUUCAGCAGUUAACCAAACAACUGAAAAAAGAAAUUAACUCAUAUAAACGAGAGCAACAACAACAAAAACAAGAACUAGCAGAAGAGGAUGAAGUAACUACUCAGAAGAACACAAAUUCGAUGCUAUUUGUACAGCAGCACAAACAGAACAAGAAGAACAGGCGAUUGAAGUUGACUCCAACAUUGAAGAGUAUCAGGUAA